AUGCACAGCUACAACGCUCUGCAGACUCAUGACGUGCACGUGGCGCUCACCUCUGUCGCUCGUCGCUUCCCCACUGCCCCGCUUUUUGCUGUGGGCUUCUCCCUGGGCAGCGUGCUGCUGGCAAAGUUUCUGGCGGAGGCGGACCAGGGGCUGCACGGACCAAACCCCGUCGUCACGGGCGCUGCCAGUGCGGCCGCGGCCGUGGGCGCCCACGGCGCUGCUGAGGUGCAGCAGCAGGUUGCGGCUGGCGCCAUCCCCGGAGGCGUCACGGCCACGGUCGGCGAGAUCAACCCCUGGUGCAGCCUGAGUGGUAGCGGGCUCGUGGCAGCGGCGCUGCUCAGCCCCAACAUCUUCUACAACUUUGCCGUCGCUUAUAAGCUGCGCGAGUACCUGAACGAGCACCUGCCGUCUUUCACCCGCCACGGCGUGGAUGUUGAUGCGCGGGCGCUGUCGGCGGUUGGCUGGACGGUGGCUUCGUUUGACGAUGCAGUGACGCUGGCUCAGCUGGGGUACCCUGAUGCUCAGUCAUACUACCGCCAUGCGUGCACCACAAACUACCUCCCCUACAUCCGCACCCCCACCCUGAUGCUGGUAUCUCGGGAUGAUCCCUUCUUGGGCUACCUGCCAAAGGCGGAGGUCAUGGCCAACCCUUUUGUGGCGCUGGCAGCAACGCGCCGUGGUGGCCACCUGGGGUUUCUCACUGGCAUGUGGCCGCUAGGCGUGUCGUAUUCCGACCUGGCUGUGGACGACUGGAUGGCCGCAGCCCUGGGCCUGGCUAAGGAAAGCGGUGGAGCCAGUUGGGAGGAGCGUGCCAUGGAGCUGGGCUGGAAGCCCGAGAGCGCACAGCGCGAUGUCGCAGCUGCACUGGCCCACGCGCGCUGCGACUGCCUCGCCAAGCACAUGCCCGAGCUAGCCGCGGCGCAGGGAGCGGCAGCCACAGCCGCUGCCACCAGCGGCGGCGCCUCGGAUGGCAGCAGUGGCAUUCAGGGCACAAUUGCAGCAGGCGGGGCGCAGCGGCAGCACAGCGUACGGUCUGGGUCCCAUCAGGACCGGAGGUGGCGCCUCGAGGAGGUGCUGGGCCGCCAGCUGGGAGGCCGCGCCGGGCAACGGGGGAACCACGAUGCUGGCAAGGGCGCAAGUGGUGGCAAGGGCGCGCAGGAUGGCAGUUCCAAGGUGGGCGUGCCACCCAUGACUCUCGAGGUACCCAGCCCCACUCUGGACCGCCGUCCGGCGCCUUUGCCCGCGUUUGUCGGGUCCCUGCUUGCCCCGCGGAGCAAGAUGUGA